GCUCUGGGCGGGCGGUGGAGUCCCCAGAGCGGGGCUCCGGCGCCGCUGGCCGGGACCAAGCCCCGCCUUACCUCGGCGGCCGCCAAGCUGCGCAAGCCGGCGAUGACAGCGGGUACCCGCGCCACGCCCCCUGUCUGCGGAGGCACGCCCACUCCCGCCUCUCCGCUUCGACCCCCUAGGGGGGCCCAGGCGGGGCCCAAAUCUUCGCCAGCGUCGCCGCCAUCGUCCGUGCAGCGUCCCUAUCUCUGCAAAGGACAGGCCUCGCUCCAAGAUCUCGGUGGAUUUCUGAGGUGCCAGGAUGGUGGGGGAACUCCGCUACAGGGAAUUCAGGGUGCCUCUGGGGCCUGGCUUGCAUGCCUAUCCUGAUGAGCUGAUCCGCCAGCGAGUGGGUCACAAUGGACAUCCUGAGUACCAGAUCCGCUGGCUCAUCCUCCGGCGUGGGGAUGAUGGGGAAGGGGACUCGAGUCAAGCGGACUGCAAGGCUGAGCACAUCCUGCUAUGGAUGUCCAAUGACGAGAUCUAUGCCAACUGUCACAAGAUGCUGGGCGAGAACGGCCAGGUUAUCGGUCCCUCCCAGGAGUCUGCAGGGGAGGUUGGGACCCUGGACAAAUCUGUGCUGGGGGAGAUGGAAACGGAUGUGAAGUCCCUUAUUCAGAGGGCCCUUCGGCAGCUGGAGGAGUGUGUGGGUGCCAUUCCUCCUGCUCCUCUGCUUCACACUGUCCAUGUGCUCAGCGCCUAUGCCAGCAUCGAGCCCCUCACUGGGGUGUUCAAGGACCCAAGGGUCCUGGACUUGCUCAUGCACAUGUUGAGUAGUCCUGAUUAUCAGAUUCGCUGGAGCGCAGGCCGGAUGAUACAAGCCCUGUCCUCCCAUGAUGCUGGUGAGGAGCAGUGUGGGGAGGAAGGGAAAGCAGGAGAGGGGCUGGGUCGGCUCAGGGACUCACAGGACACUGUGCCAGAAGCCUCUGACCUCAUCAGGACCCGGACUCAGAUCCUUCUGUCACUGAGCCAGCAAGAGGCCAUUGAGAAACACCUGGAUUUUGACAGCCGCUGUGCUCUGCUAGCACUAUUUGCACAGGCCACACUCUCUGAACAUCCCAUGUCUUUUGAGGGCAUUCAGCUGCCACAGGUCCCAGGAAGGCUGCUCUUCUCCCUGGUAAAGCGCUAUUUGCAUGUCACCUCCCUGCUGGAUCAGCUGAACGACAGUGCUGUGGGACCAGGUGCCCAGAACAACUCUGCUCCCGAGGAGUUGAGUGGCGAGAGGGGUAGGCUGGAGUUGGAGUUCAGUAUGGCCUUGGGCACCCUGAUCUCUGAGCUGGUGCAGGCCAUGCGCUGGGACCAGGCUUCAAGACCAGGGAACUCGGUCCGGUGCCCCUGUUCCAUCUUCCAGCCGGCAGAUGCAGACCCAGGGCUCCAAUCUGCCCAGGCACGGCCCUCUCUGAGGAGGUCAAGGCAGUUUCGCCCUCGCUCUGAGUUCGCAAGUGGCAAUACCUAUGCCUUGUAUGUGCGGGACACGCUGCAGCCAGGGAUGCGAGUGCGGAUGCUGGAUAAUUACGAGGAGAUCAGUGCUGGGGACAAGGGCGAGUUCCAGCAGAGCAACAAUGGCGUGCCCCCUGUGCAGGUGUUGUGGGAAUCAACGGGCCGCACCUAUUGGGUACACUGGCACAUGCUGGAGAUCUUGGGCUUUGAGGAAGACGUUGAGGACAUGGUUGAGGCUGAUGAGUACCAGAGGGCUGUGGUCAGUGGAGCCCUGGGUGGAGCCCUGCCCUCCUGGCGCUGGAAGCCCAUGACAGAGCUUUAUGCCAUGCCUUACGUGCCACCUGAGGAUGAGGACGCUGAAGAGAGUGAACACCUGACCCAGGCUGAGUGGUGGGAGCUCCUCUUCUUCAUCAAGAAGCUGGAUGGACAUGACUAUCAAGAGGUUCUACAGAUCCUCCAGGAGAACCUGGAUGGGGAGAUUCUGGAUGAUGAGAUCCUGGCUGAGCUGGCUGUGCCUAUGGAGUUGGCCCAGGACCUGCUGCUGGCUCUGCCACAGCGACUCAGUGAAAGUGCUCUCAGGGACCUGCUCAACUGCCGUGUCUACAGGAAGUAUGGGCCCGGGGCCCUGACAGGGCAGCCACCCUACCAAUCCCUUCUAGAAGCCUACCAAGAUGCCCUCCUACUGGAAGCCCAGGAAUCAGAUAAUGAAACCAGAGUGGAAUCAAAAGAACUCCCAUCUCAGAGCCCCAACACUCCCCUACAGUGUCUGGUGGAGGGUUAUGGUCCGGCUGGGAAAAUCCUCCUAGAUCUGGAGCAAGCCCUCAGCUUGGAGGGGACCCGGGAGAACGAGGUCAAGCCAGUCCUGCUGCGGCUGCAGCGGCAGCCCCAGACCUUCCUUACACUGAUGCGGAGCCUGGAUACUCCAGCAGCAACCCACAGGGCCCUGCACCUGACCGUUCUGAGAAUCCUGAUGCAGCUGGUGGACUUCCCUGAGGCACUGCUGCUCCCCUGGCAUGAGGCCAUGGAUGCCUGCAUGGCCUGCCUGCGGUCCCCAAACACCAACCGAGAGGUGCUCCAGGAACUGAUCUUCUUCCUGCACCGCCUGACCUCUGCAAGCAGGGACUAUGCUGUGGUGCUGAAUCAGCUGGGAGCCCGAGAUGCUAUCUCCAAGGCCCUGGAGAAGCACCUGGGAAAGCUGGAGCUGGCUCAGGAGCUGCGAGACAUGGUGUUCAAGUGUGAGAAGCAUGCCCACCUCUACCGGAAACUCACUACCAACAUCCUGGGAGGCUGCAUCCAGAUGGUGCUAGGCCAGAUUGAAGACCACAGACGAACCCACCGGCCCAUCAAUAUCCCUUUCUUUGAUGUUUUCCUCAGAUAUCUGUGCCAGGGCUCCAGUGUAGAAGUGAAGGAGGACAGGUGCUGGGAGAAGGUGGAGGUGUCCUCCAACCCACACCGGGCCAGCAAGCUGACGGACCGCAACCCCAAGACCUACUGGGAGUCCAGUGGCAGUGCUGGAUCCCACUACAUCACCUUGCACAUGCAUCAGGGCAUCCUGGUCAGGCAGCUGACUCUGCUGGUGGCCAGCGAGGACUCGAGCUACAUGCCAGCCCGGGUGGUGGUGUAUGGGGGUGACAGCACCAGCUCUCUUAACACGGAACUCAACUCGGUGAAUGUGAUGCCCUGUGCUAGCCGGGUGAUCCUCCUGGAGAACCUGAACCACUUCUGGCCCAUCAUCCAGAUCCGCAUAAAGCGCUGCCAGCAGGGCGGCAUCGACACACGCAUUCGGGGGUUAGAAGUCCUGGGCCCCAAGCUUAUGUUCUGGCCAGUGUUCCGGGAGCAGUUGUGUCGCCACACUCGCCUCUUCUACAUGGUUCGGGCACAGGCCUGGAGUCAGGACAUCGUGGAGGACCGCAGGAGCCUCUUGCACCUGAGUUCUAGACUCAAUGAGGCUCUGCGCCAGGAGCAGAAUUUUGCUGAUCACUUCCUCCCUGAUGAUGAGGCUGCCCAAGCACUGGGCAAGACCUGCUGGGAGGCCCUGGUCAGCCCCCUGGUGCAGAACAUCACCUCACCCGAUGAGGAUGGCAUCAGCCCCCUGGGCUGGCUGCUGGACCAGUACCUGGAGUGUCGGGAGGCUGCCCACAACCCUCAGAGCCGCUCAGCAGCCUUUUCCUCGCGGGUGCGCCGCCUCACCCACCUGCUGGUGCAUGUUGAGCCCUGUGGGACAUCCCCUCUGGUGAUGGCCACUCCUCGGCCCAAGGGCAGGAACAGAAGCCACGACUGGAGCUCCUUGGCUACCCGGGGCCUUCCCAGCAGCAUCAUGAGGAACCUGACCCGCUGUUGGCGGGUCGUGGUGGAGGAGCAGGUGAACAAUUUUCUGACCUCAUACUGGCGGGAUGAUGACUUUGUACCACGCUAUUGUGAGCACUUUCACAAUCUGCAGAAGUCGAGCUCUGAGCUGUUUGGGCCCCGGGCAGCCUUCUUGCUGGCACUGCAGAAUGGCUGUGCCGGUGCCUUGCUGAAGCUCCCUUUUCUCCAAGCUGCCCACGUGAGUGAGCAGUUUGCCCGGCAUAUUGACCAGCGGAUCCAGGGAAGCCGGAUUGGGGGAGCCCGAGGGAUGGAGAUGCUGGCGCAGCUGCAGCGAUGUCUGGAAACCGCUCUGAUUUUCUCUGGCCUGGAAAUAGCCACCACCUUUGAGCAUUACUACCAACACUACAUGGCGGACCGUCUCCUGGGCGUGGGCUCGAGCUGGUUGGAGGGGGCUGUGCUGGAGCAGAUCGGAUCCUGCUUCCCCAACCGCCUCCCCCAGCAGAUGUUGCGGAGCCUGAGCACCUCCGAGGAGCUGCAGCGCCAGUUCCAUGUCUACCAGCUCCAGCGGCUUGAUCAGGAACUCCUGAAGCUGGAAGACACAGAGAAGAAAAUACAGGUGGGCCAUGAGGCUAGUGGCAAAGAGUACAAGAGCGAGAAGAAAGAGGAAGCUGGGGCGGCUGCAGCAGCAGACAUGGUGGAGGGAGAGAAGGAGGAUGAGGACCUCUACUAUGAAGGGGCGAUGCCAGAGAUAUCUGUGCUCGUCCUGUCCCCGCGCUGCUGGCCUGUUGCCUCUAUCUCCCACACGCUGAACCCCAGAACCUGCCUGCCCUCCUACCUGAGGGGCACUUUGAACCGAUACUCCAACUUCUACAACAAAAGUCAGAGCCAUCCUAUCCUAGAGCAAGGCCCACAAAGGCGGCUGCAGUGGACAUGGCUGGGCCGGGCUGAGCUGCAAUUUGGGGACCAGACCCUGCAUGUGUCCACCAUACAGAUGUGGUUGUUGCUGUAUCUCAAUGAUCUGAAGAUGGUCUCUGUAGAGAGUCUGCUGGCACUCUCGGGGCUCUCUCUAGAUGUGCUGAAUCAGGCGAUUGGGCCUCUCACCUCUUCAAGAGGUCCCUUGGACCUUCAUGAGGAAAAGGAUGUACCAGCAGGGUUUCUCAAGGUUCGAGAUGGCAGCGAGGAACCUAGGCCAAGGAGAGGAAACGUGUGGCUCAUCCCACCUCAGACAUACCUGAAAGCUGAGGAUGAAGAAGGCCGGAACUUGGAGAAGAGACGGAAUCUUCUGAACUGCCUCAUUGUCCGAAUCCUCAAGGCCCACGGGGAUGAAGGGCUGCACAUUGAUCAGCUUGUCUGUCUGGUGCUGGAGGCAUGGCAGAAAGGCCCUUGUCCCCCCAGGGGUUUGGUCAGCAGCCUUGGUAGGGGGUCUGUCUGCAGUAGCACUGAUGUCCUCUCCUGCAUCCUGCACCUCCUGAGCAAGGGCACACUGAGACGCCAUGAUGACCGGCCCCAGACGCUAUCCUAUGCAGUCCCCGUGACUGUGAUGGAGCCUCACACUGAGUCCCUGAACCCAGGCUCCUCAGGCCCCAACCCACCCCUCACCUUCCACACCCUGCAGAUUCGCUCUCGGGGUGUGCCCUAUGCAUCCUGCACUGGCACUCAGAGCUUCUCUACCUUCCGGUAGUCCUGGAGAUGGGGUUGGGGUAGGUACAGCUGGGGCUUUCUACAGAAAUAAAAUGCAGGAGUUUGAUUACA